GAGUGCAAAUCAUGUGACAAGAGAGGAAGGAUCAUGUGGCAAUGACCGGGGAUGUAAAUAACCUAGCUAGUGACAGUGAAGGAAAUGGCGAGUGUUAGGGUUGCACGAGAGAUCCAAGACAGCUUCCUCACAUGUGCAAUAUGUUUUCAAACGUUCGUUAAACCGAAAGCCUUACCAUGUCUUCACACAUUCUGCGAGGGCUGUCUGCGUGACUACAUAGUGAGUAGGUACGAAAGUACUGGACAGUUCCCGUGUCCGGUAUGCAGACAGGUGAUAUACACUCCUUACAAUGGGGUGGUCGACUUUCCCGACAACCAUUUCAUCAAGAGUCUACGGGACACAGUGGAGGUGGACGGGGAGCUCAAACACUUCGCGGAAUCCACUGAGGUCACGGAAGAUGACUUUUCAGUAAAUGUGCCUAGCUCUGUCAAAGAACCUCUCUUGGGUGCUUCCAGUCACCAUAUGUCGCAUGGUAAGAAACGUCAGGCAGAAUUCGUGAAAAAGUUCGGAAGUUUUGGAAUGGAGGCGGAACAGUUUGUUCAGAUUUCGGGUAUGGCAUUAUCUCCCCUCACAGACGAUAUACUUGUAGCAGACUGCAGCUUGAACAAGAUUCUGGUGUAUUCCUUAAAAGGUGACUAUCGUGGUGGGUUCGUCUGUGAUUGCUCUAUACGUGACAUAUCAGUCACGCGGUCGGGUUCCGUACUAGUGUCGGUCAGUAGGGCGGGUUCCGCCAUAUUGCGAGAGUAUGGGUUUGACGGGAGGCUGAUGGCAUCGUAUGGCUCGUACCACAAGUACGAAAACCCAUUCGGAGUUAAAGUUGCAAGGACAGGGAAAGUACUCAUAACUAGUUUACAAUUUAAUACGCUCAACGUUUUCACAGAUAGGAAACGACCUUCGAUCAAAUUCGGAUCCCGGGGGAAAGGACCAAACCAUUUUCUGUUGCCUUAUUACGUCACAGUUAAUAGUCGGGACGAUAUCAUCAUAUCGGACAGUGGUAAUCAUCGAAUCAAAGUCCACAAAAAUGACGGAACGAUACUCCAUUGUUUUGGGACACAGGGAUCCAAAGAUGGCGAACUAUUUUACCCAAUGGGUGUCUGUACUGACACAAACGAAAAUAUUUAUGUUGCCGACGCAAACAACUUUCGAGUGCAAAUGUUCUCACAGAAAGGCGAGUACCUGUCAACCCCGAUCGCCAAUACAUAUGAGUUAGGUGUAGACGUGAAGCCCAUCAAUGUGCUCUAUGUAAGAGACAAACUCUUCGUGAGUUUCCGCGGAACAAAGUUUGCCGAGGUUCAUGUAUACCAUUGGGAUGUAUCUGGGUAUAAAGCGCCAGUGAAGAAAAAGAAAAACUCGGUAUUUGCAUCAUGCUGUUGCUGUGUUCAGGAUGAAAAGCCGUCAUAUGACGACAGCUACGGUAGUAGUUGGGCAUAGUCAAUAUUUACGUGAAGGGAGAUAUUUAUGCUUAGGAAAUUUCAUCGAGUGAACACUUAAUGUGUAUUAAUAUGCAGGGCCUAUUUGGUACGAUGAUAAUACUAUACUUUCUUCUAUUUCAAAAGUUUCCUGCAGGUUAGUAUAUUUUAAUUAUAAUCAUGUUGUCAAAUAUCACUCGCUAAUUUCACGUUCAUUCACGAAAUAUAUAUUUUCUUAAACUGGGAUAUUUAAUGGAAGUGACAUUCGUCCUGGUACGUUAAUAAAUGAUUUCAGAAAGGAAGUCCGAAAUUAAGAAGAGAUUAAUUUUCCGAUAAAUUCUGACUAAAUCAGUUUGGCAUCUAUUUGUGUUCUUACUCUUUUGUGGUGAAUGAAAAUCGGAUUGACAACAUGUUCGUAUACCAGAGUUUGGGACAAAGUUUUACAGACUGUUGUUCGCUCACUUGAUUUCUUGAAUAUUUCAUGACAAAACUGAAGACACGCGAUUAGCUAUUCGGCUGGCAUCCUCGAUAUCCAGGUGUUAGGCUCGGCGAAAGUGAGCAUAACCCCUGGAUAUCGAGGAUGCUUGACUGGUUUCUGGUGCAUAAACUGAUCCGUCGCUAUAGUCUGAUGCAUGUCCUUUAAAGAGGAGCAACAUCAAACUUGUAUAGCCGGUCAAUUUUACCGGUACACCACCGCACGUUUUGUAUGUACAACAUUUAUCAAAGGACCAAUCUAGUCAUCUUAUAUAAUCCACAAGGCCGUGCACGAGGAACCGUCGAUUCUGUCAUGUUUUUAUGACAUGUUCCAGAGGUGCAGCUAGCGCAAGAGAGCGUAAUCCUCGGAAUUUCGAGGAAGGAUAUGCUCUUUUUGUCAGUGUCACUAUCAAAUUACGUGCCUUGUGAAUUUAGUUCAUAAAUAUUUACCAAUUAGUCGUGCAUGUUGAUCAUGAAUUUGUGAAUGCUUUAAAAUAUACACUGUACAUUUUGACAUACAGUUGGAAGGAGAUAAUUCAGAACUAUAUCAAUGGAGAGAGAGAGAGAGAGAGAGAGAGAGAGAGAGAG